AUGUCUGCAAUCCUUAGUACCGAUGAUCUGAACGAUUUUAUUUCUCCCGGCGUUGCUUGUAUCAAGCCUAUCGAAACAAUUCCAAGUAAUAACUCUACAACGGAUGAUUUUGAAGUCUCAUUCAACACAGACGCUACAGCCCCUCCCCCACCAGCUCAGAUAUCUCUCACCGACUGUCUUGCGUGUUCUGGCUGCGUUACUUCAGCCGAAGCUAUCCUUGUUUCCCUACAAUCUCAUGCAGAAGUUCUAGCUGCGCUUGACUCGGCACCGGCUCUUCAAAUUUCUCGGGAUGGAUUUGUAGAUAAUUUAGAUCAGGGUGGUCGAAUAUAUAUUGCUAGUGUGAGCCCUCAGAGUAGAGCAAGCAUAGCCGCAGCAUUUGGCGUCUCAAAUAGAGAAGCGGGAUUUAUGAUAGAACAACUAUUGAGUGGACCGAAUGGCAUUAAGAACAGAGCUGUUUACAGGAACUCCUUUCAUUGGGUUUUGGACACAAAUACGAUGAGAGAAGUUUGCUUAUUGCUUGGGGCCGACGAGGCUAUGGAGUCGACAUCUGUCGGAACUAUGUCGGACUCUAGAGGUCAUAAUUCAAAUGAAUCACUUAAGAAACCUAUUCUCACAUCAAUUUGUCCUGGUUGGGUAUGUUAUGCAGAGAAGACUCAUCCUUAUGUUUUGCCUCACUUAUCUCGACUCAAGUCUCCUCAGGCACUCACUGGAACUCUAGUAAAAACAGUCUUAAGUCGGAAGUUAAAUAUAUCACCGAACAGGAUCUGGCAUGUUGCUAUAAUGCCCUGUUUUGACAAGAAGUUAGAAGCCAGCAGAGAAGAGCUUACAGACGUGACAUGGGCUGGAUCAGGGGCUAUGGGAAUCCGUGAUGUGGACUCAGUAAUAACCAGCAAAGAAUUAUUGAUGCUUGCAGAAUCUAGGCAAAUUCAAUUCAGUAAUUUGCCCCGAUGCCCUAUAUCAUUCAUUCCUUUUCCCGACACAACAAUAAAUUCCUUCCUAUUCCCAAACAGCCCAAAGCAUUCGCCAUGCAACAGUCUACAAGAAGCCGGCACCUCGGGUGGGUAUUUAUUCUAUAUUUUAAACCGAUAUGCCUCAAAACACGAAGGUGCCACUAUUCACUCCUCUCGUGGUCGCAACAUCGAUGUCAUGGAGUUUUCUGUUAUUUCCUCAUCCGGUAAUGUUCUCUUCAGGGCUGCACGAUACUACGGCUUCCGGAACAUUCAAAAUCUCGUACGCCGGCUCAAACCGGCUGUUAUCAGGCGGCUCGAGCCAGCUCGUGCUGACACUCGCCCACGCAAGACCCCUACUCUCGCAUACGACUACGUUGAGGUCAUGGCUUGUCCAGGCGGAUGCACUAAUGGCGGUGGACAGAUCAAAGAAGAAGAUGCAAGAGUAUUUGUCUCUCAGCGAGAGCCACGAGCUUGGCUUGCUGCUGUUGACGAAGCUUACUUCUCUGCUGACGAGGGCUCAGACAUGUGUGGUGCUGAUUCACAAUGCUCAGCAAGUUCUGACGAGUCUUUCACUUAUAUCAAAAAUGUUCUUGCCCAUUGGAGCGCUACUACUAGUAUUAAUAUGCGAAAACUAGUCUACACAUCUUUUCGCGAAGUUUCGAGUGAUGUGGGCAAAGAGAGUGCAGAUUCUCAGCAAAUUACUUCUAUUGCUGGAAAAGCUUGUGGGGGUUGGUGA